GAAGAAGGUAGGUAGUUUUUAGUAUUUUUGCUUAUAGUUUGUUUAUUUAAUUAUAAUUUUUCAAAAUAAACUAUUGAAAAUAUUAAUUAAUUGAUUCAUAGUAGGAAAAUUGAAAAGAUCUUUUCUCAACCAUUUGCUAAUUAUUCGAAUGUAGUCUAGCUACGUAGGCAUGUGAUCCGGAUUUGUCAUUAUUUUGCCUUAUAUUUUUAGUUUUUACCCAAAAUUUCCUUUAAAGGUUUAUAAAAACCGCAGUUGAAUAAAAUGUAGUAAUAUAUAUAUAUAAAUUAGUUAUUUAUACCAGAUUACACAGUUGCUUUGUUUCUUUGAAAAAAUGUGUUACUGUGAGUAAGGUUAGGUUUGAUUGUCGAUAGGUUUGUUAGGCUAUGUUUUCAUUUCACAAACUUUUUUAUAAGAAUAAAUUAUAAUUGAGAUAAAUUCGUUAAUUCAAUCUUACCUAACUACACAAUCAAUGUUUACUGGAACUUUUUCAGGAGUAGGUAAUAAUGGCUUGCGUAUUUGAGGUUAGGAUUGUCAACAUGUUUUUGUUCAAGUUUUAGAUAAAACUAAUUACAUAGCUUUUCCAAAAAAGAGAGGGUUAACUUAACAAUCAAUAUAAGUAAAAAAAAUCCAUUAUACUGCUUGUUAAUUUAUCAACUAAUAAUAUUGAUAAGCUAGUUCCUUUUUUGCUAUUAUGAAAGAAAAUCUCAAAUAUCUUUGUGUAUGGUAGAUUAGUCUCAAAUGAGACAUCUUGAAACUUCAAAUUUAAGAGUCUGACAUUGGUACUAAUCAUCACAUUUUAUAGUUUGAAAAAUGUUUAUCUUUCUAGAAACGCAAGCAGGUAUACACGGCACCAGUAGAGUCCCUAAGGCGAUAUUAUGGCUUAGUGAUUAGGGAUAGGACUCUCAGUACCUACUUUUAAUAUAACUAUAUUAAUAAACUUUUUCUAAUAAAAACUCAUGAAGAAAAUUUUAAAGAAACCUAGAACGUUUUAUUUUAUUUGGUAAAUUUAAAAACUAUACGUUACUUAUAAUUAGUUUUAUAACAAAUCAAAGGUUCAAAUACGAGCACAUUAUCCCUCUGGCCAAUAUCAUGACUUUUAGACCUGAUGGAAUUUCAAAUAUAACCAACUCAACUCUUCCUGGAAGUACCUGAAUAUCAGUCAUGGCCCCAAGAAAGGGAAAACAGCAGCAGGAGCAGCCUCAAGUAUCUCUUGGACCUCAGGUUCGAGAGGGAGAAAUUGUGUUUGGAGUGGCACACAUUUUUGCCAGUUUCAAUGAUACCUUCGUCCAUGUCACAGAUUUGUCAGGAAGGGAAACCAUUGCGCGUGUUACUGGUGGAAUGAAAGUGAAGGCAGAUCGUGAUGAAGCUUCGCCAUACGCUGCUAUGUUGGCUGCUCAGGAUGUGGCGGAGAAAUGCAAGCUGCUGGGCAUAACAGCUCUGCACAUCAAGCUGCGCGCCACGGGUGGCAACAAGACAAAGACGCCGGGUCCCGGUGCCCAGUCGGCGCUGCGUGCCCUGGCUCGCUCCAACAUGAAGAUUGGCCGUAUCGAGGAUGUGACGCCGAUCCCGUCAGACUGCACUCGCCGAAAAGGUGGACGCAGAGGAAGGAGAUUGUAGAUUCCCAAGCGGAAGUGUUCUAUUUUGCUAUUUUAUUUCUUUUGUUUAAAUAAAAUGAUAAUACACUUCUGA